AACAAUGCGAAUUCCCGUGUGGUUCCGUUGGUUCUGAAUUCUUAACUACAGUAACAGACCCUUCUCUCUGGUUCCAUUGAAGUGCUGCAAAUGAAGUGCUUUCAUUUCUCGAAUGGAGAGGGUAAAGGAGAAGAAGAAGAAGGGGGAGCAUCGAGUUCGAGGGGUUCGAGGGUGUCAUGGGCACGCUCCCUCAGCCUCAUGGACACGCGGAGGUCUCACUUUGACUCUCAGUCAACGGAUUUGUCCGACACCCUCGGAUUCCAUGACUUCCUCUCUCAGCGCCGUGCCAACAACCUUCGAAUCUUUUCCUUCUCCGAACUCAAAACCGCUACACGUGGCUUCAGCAGAACGCUAUUGAUCGGUGAGGGAGGGUUUGGUUGUGUCUACAGAGGGGUUCUUAAUCUCAGUCAUCAUUCACCACCUCAAAUGGACGUUGCUAUCAAACAGUUGAAUCGUAAUGGCCACCAGGCAUGCUUUUUCUUUCCUUUUCAAGGGCAUAAGGAGUGGAUUAAUGAAGUGAAUUUGCUGGGUGUGAUCAAGCAUCCGAAUCUGGUGAGGUUAGUGGGUUAUUGUGCUGAAGAUGAUGAAAGAGGGAUUCAAAGGCUUUUGGUGUAUGAGCUUAUGCCUAAUAAGAGCUUGGAAGAUCAUCUUUUGGCUCGGGUACCAUCAACACUUCUUUCCUGGGCUACGAGGUUAAAAAUUGCUCAGGAUGCAGCUCGUGGUUUGGCAUACCUCCAUGAAGAAAUGGAUUUUCAGCUAAUAUUUCGAGAUUUCAAGACAUCCAACAUCUUACUGGAUGAGAAUUUCAAUGCAAAGCUUUCUGAUUUUGGACUUGCUAGGCAAGGACCCUCAGAAGGGUUUGGCUAUGUUUCAACAUCAGUUGUUGGCACCAUAGGUUAUGCUGCACCAGAGUACGUUCAGACUGGUAAGCUGACUGCUAAGAGUGAUGUUUGGAGCUUUGGCGUAGUUCUUUAUGAACUUAUCACUGGGAGGAGAGCUGUAGAGAGAAACCUACCAAGAAAUGAACAAAAGCUUUUGGACUGGGUAAGACCUUAUGUUUCUGAUGCUAGGAAGUUCCAUCUUAUUGUAGACCCUCGACUUGAAGGACAGUAUUGCAUCAAAUCGGCUCGUAAACUUUCAAUCCUAGCAAACAAGUGUCUCAUGAAGCAGCCAAAGUCCCGUCCAAAAAUGAGCGAGGUAGUUGAGUUUCUUGGAAACAUUAUUGAUGAGACACUUCCUCAGGAUGAAUACAUCCCCCAAGCUGAUGCAGAAAUUGUAGAAGAAAAGGAAGAAAAGUUAUCUGUAGAGGACACUGAACCUGAACCGGCUAAACAAGGGAACAAUUACCUGAAGAAGGUUUUUGAAUUCAGAGACAUGGUCAGCUUAAGAAAUAAGUCUAUUGGAAGGUUGGAUUGGAAAAGUUGGGCACCAGGGCUAGUAAGAACAUGGUGAUGAGUGUGAUCUGCAUAUCUUGGAAAGCAAAAUUUUCCAUUACAGUCACUUUGAUCACAUAGUUUUCAGUCAGUGAAAUCAACAUUGAUAGGCACACAGUUAACGUGCUGGUAUAUACCCAAUUUUGUAUUAAUAAUUAGUAGUUGUAUGUACAGGUUAAUUUUGAGGAAAGCUAUAGUAUCAAAUGAU